AUGGAAGUUGGGGGCCCGGGGGAGCACCGCUGCGGCGGGUGGGACCUCCCAGCGAUGAAGAGUGCGCCAAACGCAACGACCUUCAGCACCGGAGAAGAGACCAACCUGGUUCCCUUUCCCAGGGCGACACUGCCGCCACUGCCGCCACUGUGGGUGGUGCAAUCCCCGAACGCCGCUCCCGGCCAUUUCGCCAACUCUCCCGGCCGCGCCAACUGGCGACCAUCCCCCCCUUCCCGCCCCGGCCCCUCCUUGGGCCGCGACGACACCCCCGGCCGCUCUUGCCCCGGGGCCCGUGGGACUGGGCAUCUGCCCGCGGACGGGGGGCUGCUCAAGGAUCACGGGGGCUAUGUAAGGGCUCACUCAGCCUGGCCACCCCCGUAUGGCCCGACCCGUGAGUCCCUACCGCUCCCACAACCCACAAGACAGUUCCCCAUGCCCGCUGAACAGACAUCCCCACCCGCCAGCCCCGGACCAUCGAGCCCGGUUCGCCUCUACACAGACUCACCGACCCUCUUGGGGUGA